AUGUGGAUCUCCCUUUUUAUACAACAACACGGUCUUGCUGGUCUUCCACUGUUUAGGAACCUUGCAUUCCGACAGAUAACGAAAGAGCCUCGCCAGGGUGUUGAUGAGUACUGGCGGAAGGCUCUUCAGGUGUUCUGGUCUUAUUCUGUGAGACCGGGUGCCGUACGAUUUCUUACCGACAUGAUAGCAUGUCGUAUUUCGGACGGGAGAACCUCUGGAAUGACUUGUCCAUCUUCCCCAGAUGGUGAGGAGGCAAGGGACAUGGCUGUCGAAGAGAUCAGAGUAGAAGUCGUAGAUGAUUUUCUCCAUCCCCCUUCUCGAUGCAAUGGCUGUUCCCUUUGGGUUCCGGAGAGCAGUCAUCCUCGUCUUGCGCCUGGCGAAGUCUCGACGGGCAUAGCGGAUGCUUUUCCCCGCCUCUGCAGCUUCAGCCAGCACUUCUGCUCUUCUCUCUUAAGGUCUUCUUUAUCGCCUCUCGGCAAAGCCUUCGAGCUCGGACGUGAGUUCUUGGUUCCCUGCGGCUCGUGCUGCUCCACGCUGGCGUAUCAGCUCAAGAGUUUCAAGAGACAGGCGUCUCCUGGUGGUUUUAAAACUCUCAGCCUUCUUCGCGCAGUCGUGAAGGUGUUCGACAAGCCGGUCAUAUUCCUCGUCGAUGUUGUCCAUUGCAGAAUCUUCCCAAAAGCCGGCCAGCGUAGCGAAGAGAUCCCAGUUGAUGGUAGUCCUGGGAUUUCUCUCUGA